AUGUGCUCUUGGAUGUCCCUGUGGCUCGCCUCCGAGCACGUCGGCCGCAGCUUCGCACACGAGCGCGAGGGCACCAUCGACGGCGGCCUCUCAGACCAGGAGGUUCGAGAGUACCUCCGGCAGGUGGCCGCCCCCGACUCACCCCUGGCCAAGCGGGUGGAGAU